AUGUUCUACGAAGCAGCCUCAUUCGUGACAUUCCUCCUGUGUGCCACCACACUCAUCGCCCAGCUAACAUUUUUACCGUUGAUAUUCCGUCGAAGCAGUCAUAUACGAUCGAACAUUCAAAAUCAUGUCGAUAAGUUCAUGCUUCUCUCUGAUCGUGCCCAUGUUCAACUCACUCUGAUGCGUCGUGAAUCUCAACGAUUCAAACGAUCAGUUCUGCCACUUUGCGAGCCAUAUGUGCCCGGCCCACCCGGUCCAGCUGGUGAUGAUGGAGAGGAUGGCGAGCCAGGUGAUGAUGGUCCCGAAGGGCGUCGCGGUUUAGAUGAACGUGAUAUCGUCGCACAACUCAGUCAAAAAUGCAUCGUCUGUCCGCAGGGUCGAGUUGGACCGGUUGGAGCGCCCGGAAAUCGUGGUAUUCGAGGACUGAAAGGCGAUAAGGGAUAUCCUGGAAUACCAGGUUUCGACGGACGGGAUGGUACGUUGUAUUCAACUUUUAUAAAAACAACUGAAUACGUUUAA